AUGGCGGAAGGAGGGAAGCCGGACGCUCAGCUGUUCCAGUUGCUGACAGAUCUCCUGGAAGAGGUGAGGGCCCGGUGACAAUCGUCUCCUAUCUUCCUUACCUCCACGACGCCCCGCCUCUGUAGAGGUGCGGACUUGAUCUGUCGGCAGACGCGUCUCCAAUUCGGCGAUGGUGCUCCCGAGCUUUUUGACGAUCCCGUGGUUUGAGGAGGUGUGCCAUUUCCGGGUCUCCUCCCAGAAUCGGCUGUCCUUUAUCUGAUUGUUGCAGGGGGGUAGCUGCAACGAUGGGUGAACUGGGUUUGUCUCCCCGCUUGAGGGAACCGCCUUUGAUUGGGCUUUCUGAUCCCUAUUUGACCUAAUUUCUCUUCUCCCAUCCUUCAGAAACUUCUGUUCCGUUCGUCUUCCUUGAUCGCCUUGUAGAUUUAUUAACGAUUCACCAGAAGAGAGGACUUCUCUUCUGGUGCAGUCUGAUAUUCGUUGGUCAAAUGCUUCCUCUAGCUUUCCUAUCUUGAAAAAGUACGUAGAUGAGGAUAUCCUUGCAUCAGGGGUUGACUAUCCUCGGCUUUGCCCUCGUGGUCACUGAUUCCGUCUCAGAAGAGUAGAUCAAUACCACUGCCUUAGGCAUGAAAUGACCUUACUAGUGGUGGUGGCCUGGUUUGAAGCGCAUAUAUCACCAAAACAGAUUCUCUAUUUCUCAUUUCUGGGAGUUUUCACUUGGUAUCUAGCAUUCUGAAACGCUUGAAUGGACUUCAUCUCUGACAUUUUUGGUAUAUAUUUUUGCCCGAAUGAUUUCCUCAAUUUUUUUUGAUCUGGCGGGUUGCUUCCUUAAUCUGACAAGAUUAACGACAAUUAAUCAGUGCAUCAAUUUGAUCAUGCUCUUUCAGUACUAUCUUUCCGUCGAUAGAUUGGUAGAUCUUCUAUUCAUGCUAGAUGGAUUAUGUUGAGGCCGUUCCUAUUGUUAUUAGAUAGAUGUAUUUAUGAUCGAUUUUGUUCCAUGAGGAAGAAAAAUCUCAGAUAAUUAUGAGAAGCUGAGUGGGCAGAUAUUUGAUUAUGUUAUGAUGUGAGUUUUAUACUUGAAAAUUUAAACCUAGAGGGAUGCUGUUGUCGCUUCAGAAGGGAUUCUGCCGUCUUACUUGCAGGCUCAAACAUCUGCUCAGAAGAACACUUUCUCCUUCUGCAAUGAACCCUCCAAUCGAUUGGAGUCCUCCUAGAAACCUAUGAUAUUGAUGUUAUGUUGGCGACAAAGCGACUGUCCGAAGGCUGCUCGUCUUUGGUCAAGUAGUUGAUGAAGUUCUUCGCGCUGUUGUUCUUAGGAGACCCAAAAAGGCAAUAACGCGCUUGCAGAGAAUAAGCCAAGCCGUUGACUUUUUCUUCUUUGUCUGACUUGACUUUGAGGUCUUUUGUUUUCUAAAUGAAUGGGGAUUAAGAGAGGAACUUGGAAUGCCCCACUUAAUUUAGCUUGGGUACCAAUCUCGUGGCUCUUCUUCCGAGAUCAUGUGUCACACAUGAUCAAUCGUGAUGUUCGAUGAUCCUUGACUAGAUUACUGACUCGUCUUAGUGGUCUACCAUCCCAGAUAUGUGUUGAUCAGAACUAGUAUGAUCAUGCCCAGUGUGCGGAAUACCCUCAUAUUCAUGUUGCAUUUGGUUUUCCCGCCUCAUAUUCAUGCCCAGGAGGGUUCUUCACUUUCUUCUCUCUCUGGCAUAUGAGCCGGAAAGAAUGGCCUCUGUGUGGUGAGCGGCAAUGGUGGCGCGGAGAUCAUCGUCCUCUGCGACCUUCUUUACCCCCAUUGCAGUUGUCUGAUCUCUCUUCUUCACGCCAUUUCCGUCCGCAGGUGGAGUCCCUGACCAACCAGGAGGAAGUCGAGCUGCGCGAGAAAAUAAAGGCUCUCGGAUUAGAAGUAACUAAGCUGCCGCCCAAGCUCACGGAGCCCCUCGACGAGGUAUGUUCUUCCUUGUCAUGCAUCUUCAGUCCAUCCCUCGCGCCUUUGCUCCUCCUGAUCCCAAUCGCUUCCCUUCGCGGCCGCAGAAUGAAAUUGCAAAGGAACUGGACAAGUUGUCCGCCAAGUUGGACGAUGUGGACGAGAUGAUAUCGUCGGCCAUGGCCGCCGACCCACAAGUGCAGUCUCUGCUGAGCAGCACGGCGGACGUGUGGAUGCCGGUCAUCACCGCCUCCUCCGACGAGCGGCGGGACUUUGCAGGAUCGCUCGCUGCUGGUUCUUCUGAGGAGAAGUCGAAGCCCAAUUCCUAG